AUGGGGAAACCCUUGUUCACACUGAGUUCAAUUAGCAUUUAAGAAUCAGAGUUCAUAAAAUAUACUUGUGAUUCAUAAAAUCAAGGAUUAUCUAUUAAAUAGAUUAUGAAUCAAAAUUCUUAAAUGCUUGGAAAAUUCUACUAAUUCCAAUCAGGGUUUUCAAAUAUUAUUACAAAAUUACAAGACCAAGCUAAAAAAUACAAUAAUUGCUACAAUAUAGCAAAUAAGGAAAUAAAGGAUUAUUAUAAUACAUUACAAAAGUAAGCAAGUAAAAUUGACUAAUAACAACUAACAAAUAACAAGAGCAAGUGUGACAAUUCUUUGGAAGCUUUGUAAAAAUAAUAUUAUGGAUUGAAUGAAUAAAUGAAUAAUUUCAAUUAAGAAGUGCUGCUAUAUUAAUUAUUGCAAGUUGAAUUUGAUAACUAUUGCUUAUCAAUGGAAUAGUAAUAGUAAAGGCAAAAUGAAUUAAAGCCCUUUUAGUAUUACCCCUAGCUAUAAACUUCUUCUAUUAAUUUUGGGCUUGUGAAUGAAUUGAACAAUGAAUUGUAAUCAAUAGUAGGUUAGUAGAAUUAAAAGUUUAAGGAAAAUGAGCAAAUAUUCAAAUUCGUUACUGAUCUAACAUCUUUUAUUUAAUAGUAAACUGAGAUGCGUGAAGAAGAAUAGAGGAAAAUCAAAGAAUAAAUGGAAGAACAACAAAGGUAAUAAUUGGAGAUUUAAAAACAAAAUGAAGAACUUGAUUCGGAAAAUCAUAUUGAUACUGAUUAAAAUGAAAAUGAUGAAAAUCUUUCUGAAGCAGAAGAUUUAGUAUAAUCAUGUUAAGAAUGUGGAUAAACAAUCAAGUGUAAUCAUUUCUUAACAAAGUGUUUGCAUUAUUAUCAUGAAGAAUGCAUACUCCAAAAAGUAAAGGCAAAUUAUCAAUAAACAAGCAUUUAUUGUUCUUGCAAUACUUUGAUUAAUUCAAGAAUGAUCAAGGGUGUGUUGGAACAAUGUAAGGAAGAUCAAAAUUAAAUCACUUUUGAGAUCUUCUAACAAUUUCAAAUCAAAUUAUUAUUAAAGAAAAGUAAUUGCAAUUAUACAGAAUGUAAAUGUGGGUUCUUUUAUAUAUCUGAAAAGUCAGAAAAAUUAGAUAAGUGUGAAAAUUGUGAAAACAAAGAAAGUGAAUAAAAAGAAAGUGAAAAUUGA